UCAGUAACUAUGGCAUUCAAUAAUACCAGCCGGCAUUGCUAUAAACGUCAGUUUUCUUGAUAAAUCGAAUCAUACAACAUUGAAAAUGUUAGAAAUUAAAAAGAGUGAAUCUAAGCCAAAAGAUAAAGACACCAAAAAGGUUGUAAAUAAAAUAAAAAAGUGUAGUCAUCUGUAUUUACAAGAAAAAGGCAUACAAGACAUUCCUAAGUUUACUCCUUCAAAAGAAGUGAGUGUUAUAUAUUUGUACAACAAUGCGAUCAAAGUCGUUGAAAAUCUAAAUGGAAAUAUAUUUCCAAACUUAAAAUGCCUCUAUCUUCACAAUAAUAAAAUUAAAAAAAUAGAUAAGUUACUUUUCGACAGAUUGAGGAAACUAUAUAUCGGUUAUAACCAGAUAGCAGUUAUAGAGGGUCUAGAAGAGUUGUACAGUUUGGAAGAGUUACAUGUUGAACAUCAAACGUUACCAGAUGGAAUGGGUAUUUGUUUUGAUCCAAGAUGUACUUUAAGCCUUUCAAGAACAUUAAGGAUUCUGAACAUAUCUGGUAAUAGAAUUCCAUCGUUUUCUUCAUUAUCAUUUCUCACAGAACUCCAAUCUAUAGACGCGUCUAAUUGCGAUAUUGAAGAUAUUAAAGAAGUGUGCGAUACCUUAAAAAAUUGGAGAUAUUUAACUGUAGCUUUCUUUUGUGGAAAUCCGUUUGCGAAAAAUCACAGAUACAGGGAAGAUAUUAUCGUUAACUGUUACUAUUUAGAGGUAUUAGAUGGAAAACCUAUAUCUGAAAAUUCAAGGGAAUUUUUGAAGAGAUUAGAAGUAAGAAGGUUAUCGAUGCCAAAACAUGCAAAUACCUCUAUUAAUUUAGCAGAUGUAAUAGAUGAUUUACCGAAAAACUAUCCUCCGCCCCUUCAAAAGGCUGUAUCUGCGCAACUGCUUCAAGGAGACAAAUUUAAUCCGUUGAAUGGUGUCCAUGAUGAAACGCUUAAUUUCAUCGCUUGGAGGGGAUUACCGAAGAGGAGACCAUUUGUAAGAAAAUCCAAAACAAGAUCCGCACAAAACGUCGACACUGCUAUUAUUGUUAAUAAGUUUUCAUAUAAAUAAAUUGUAUUAAAAAAAUAUAUACCUAAUUUAUUAAUUUCGUAAUGUACUUAUUUAUUUUUUAAAGUUGCAAAUAUAUUUUAUAAGUAUUGUAAUCG